AUGAUGCCACUUGGUGCAGUGUAUGUUGGAAUUAGCUCCAAAGAAGAAAAUUUUGUAAGGGAUGAAGCAGUAAAGUUGAUUUCAGAUGGGUUGGAACAGAAAUUAAUCUCUCUCUUGCAGGAUCUUCUAUCCUCCAGUCAUCCUGAGCAAAUGGAUGUUGAUAUUUUCACUUUGUGGGCUGAGGGGACACUGAUUGAAGACAAUUUGGUUUUGGACAUCCUUUUCCUGCUUUAUUACGAGUCACUUUGUACUUGUAAUGGUGAAACAUGGAAAAAGCUGUGUUUGCUUUACAAGGGGAUCUUAUCUGGGUUGUAUAACUUUGAAAAGCUUGCAAUCUCAGCUGAGGCACUAAAGUCAUCUUAUCAUGCUAGGAUCCAGCUCCUACUUAUUCUUAUAGAAACCCUGGACCUGGAAAAUCUUCUUCAGCUGGUGCAUGAUGAAGUACCUUUCAGGCAGGGUGCUCCUGUGUUUUCCGUGACUGAUAUCCAACAGAUGGAUGUAUUAAUAUCUAGUUUUGUUACGCUUGAAACGAGAGAAGCUGGCCUACUAAUUCUUGCAUGGGCAGUAUGUCUCUGUCUAAUUUCAUCACUUCCUGGGAGCGAGGAAAAUAGUGUGCUAAUGGAUAUUGAUCAUGUUGGCUACGUUCGUCAAGCCUUCGAAGGUGCAUCUCUAAGUAUUUUUGUCGACAUUCUUGAAAGUGAAUUGUUGAAAGAAUCAGAUGGACCUGUUGCUGGUUAUCGAAGUGUCUUGAGAACCUUUAUUUCUGCAUUUAUUGCUUCUUAUGAGAUUAAUCUUCAGUCAGAGGAUAGCACCCUCAAUCUUAUACUGGAUAUUCUUUGUAAAAUUUAUCGUGGAGAGGAGUCACUUUGUAUUCAGUUUUGGGACAAGGAAAGUUUUAUUGAUGGUCCUAUUCGGUGUCUUCUUUGCAACUUGGAAGGUGACUUUCCCUUCAGGACUGCAGAAUUUGUUCGUCUUUUAUCAGCCCUUUGUGAAGGGAGUUGGCCAGCAGAAUGUGUGUAUAACUUUCUUGAUAAAUCUGUUGGUGUAUCAUCCUUGUUUGAAAUUACUAGCGAGUCCCUGGUUGACAGAGCCUCUCAGGUUGUUGAAACUCAACUGCCACUGAAUGUUCCUGGGACAGAAAGUCUACUCAUUCCUAGUAAAACUCGUGGACAUGUUUUAAAAUUUAUUGGUGGGAAUACAGCUCUUGUACGUUGGGAGUAUGCACAAUCAGGGUUGCUUGUCUUGCUCCUGCGUUUGGCCAAUGAGCUGUAUCUGGAGAGUAACGAGGAAGUUUUUCUUACUUUUGACCUUCUGAGCCGACUAGUUUCCUUUAACACGGCCAUAACUUUUCCAUUGAUGGAAAUUGGCAACACAUUUUAUCUUCAAGCAGCAGGAGUGAAUGAGCAGAUGGAAAAGAGCUUUUGGGUGGUUGAGGUCAUUUGUGCUGUGAUAAAAAAAUCAUCUUCCAAUUCUGGAAAUGCUGCAGUGAUGUCCAUGGGUUUAUGCACAACACUGUCUAUGGAAAGAGAGGGGGGACAUGGAGUUCAGUGGGAGAGGGGGUUGAAGUUUGCGGGUUUGGCUGUUAAUAAUUGGUUUAAGCUGGUGGAGGCAAGAUUAGAGAAUGAUCUGGUUCUGGCCUUGGUCGUUUUUUCUCUGCAAUAUAUUCUAGUUAAUCAUGAGUACUGGAAAUACAAGGUGAAGCAUGUUAGAUGGGAAGUAACACUGAAGGUGUUGGAAGUGAUGAAAACAUGCAUCACGUCAGUCUUAUCCUCUGAAAAAUUGGCCAUGGUAAUCCAUGAUAUCUUACUCCAUGAUUCUUCCAUCCACAAUGCACUCUUUCAUCUUGUAUGUACAACCAGGCAAACCUUAGAGAAUCUUUAUGUCAGCCGUCUUGUUGAACUGGAGGAGAUUGAAGGGUUUCAGCUUGCUAUUAGCUCUGCUUUGGAUAUUAUAUAUACUAUGCUCUCCAAAUUUUGCAAGGAUAUCUCACCAAGUCUUCCUGUAUUUCAUCUAUCAGUGUUGUCAUCUACUACGAAACCAAUUCCUGUUGUUGCGGCUGCUAUAUCUUUGAUAUCAUAUUCUCACUCUCCUGCAAUACAGGUUGGUGCUGCUAAGGUGCUAUCUAUGUUGUUUACCACAGCAGAUUAUAUGCAACCAUAUUUGUCUGGCAAUGUGUGCUUUGGCCUGGAUGAUAAGCAGAUCGCAGAUAUGAGGCAUUCUAUUAAAAAAACAUUAGUUAAGCAGUUGGAUUGGAAUGAAGAUUUAUUUGUUGCUACAGUCAAUCUGCUUACUUCUGCAGCUCGUUAUCAGCCUGCUUAUCUUCUUGUUAUUUUUUCCCUAAAAGAGGAUACAGAGGUCCAGUUGAGUAAUUCUGGUGGCACAAAGCAGCCUAUAAAUGAACCUUCAAAUGACUCCCAGUGUUCCAACAAGUCAGGUCUGCUAGAUGCGCUUAUGCAAUAUGUUGAAAGAUCAAAUGAAUUUAUUGACAGCAAUCCCCAUAUACUGUUCACUGUACUUGAUUUCCUCAAGGCACUAUGGCAAGGGGCUGUUAAUUAUGUAUCCAUAUUGGAGUGCCUGAAGAGCUCUGGAAAGUUCUGGAAACAAUUGUCCAAUUGUAUCUCAUCAGUUGCUCGCUUGAAAGCAUCAUCGUUUGAAUAUGUGACUGAAACUCAGUCUCAAAGCUUGGCAUUCAAAUAUCAAUGUCAAUCCACUAUAUUGGAAAUGAUGGCACAUGAAAUGUUCCUGAAGAAGAAGUUGUUACAUGCUGAGUCUAUCAUAAAAGAAAUGUCUGAAUCAAAGGAGGGAAAUGAAAAGGCAUCAAGCACAGAAAAUUCAAAAUCAGCAAAUGGAUGCGAGUUGAAAGAUAUUUUGUCAAGCUGGUGCGAUAGAUCGAUUUUCAGCAAUCUGAUCAAUUUAUAUGCUUCUUGUGAAUAUGACAAUGAAAUAUCUUAUCGUGCAAAGGUCGCUGCCAGUUUAUUCAUUGUCCAUGCGAUGGUUAAGAUAGUAACCAGUAAUGCAGGAAGUUUAUCUGUAUCAUUGGUUGAGAAGAUCCAGAUCACUUUUAAACAGUUGAGUUGUCAGCUUGCCUUUUCUGAAUUGUUGGCACAAUAUUCUCAGCAGGGUUACAGUGAAGGAAAGGAACUAAAAGUUCUGAUACUCAACGAUCUCUAUUAUCAUCUACAAGGAGAGCUAGAAGGUCGUAAAAUUGGUCCUGGACCAUUUAAGGAACUCUCUCAGUAUCUGGUGGAAUCAAACUGUUUGCUAAGCUAUCAACACAAGUACGGUGACGAACCUUAUGGAAAUGCCAAAGAUAUUCACUUGUAUGACCUGAUGCGCAUACAAUUAGAUAUGGGAUUAAAUAUGUGGGAUUACACAAAUUGGAAAGACUCUAAAGCAAUUGCACAAACAAUGUUGGAGUGCUUCCAGGAUGCAAAUUCAAUGGUUUUACUGGCUUUUUCAAAGCUUUCUGCACUGAAAGCAUUGCUAACUGCUCUGAUUAUGUGGGAAGAUAAUUCACCAGAGAAUAAGGCUAGUACUGAGGGGAAGAUUCCUGACAGACUCUGCUUUUCAUGCAUUGACAACAUAUGCAAAUCUUUUCGAACCACAGUAGAAUUGCUAGCUCCAGUUCUGGAUGCCUCUGAUGAGAUUCUUGAUAUCCUUGGUGCAGAAGCUGAAUUAAUUCUACAUCUAAUGAGAUCUGCACAAAGCAACUUACCUUUUUCUGUUAGUAUACUUGUCUUGAAAACGUCAUGUUCUGGCCUCAAAUUGCUGAGUAACUUCAGGUCUUCUGUUACUGGGGUUAAUAAAACAGUAAAGUUUUUGCUCAUGCUGCUUCUUUUCUCUUUGGAGAUUAGUAAUACUUCAGAUAAGGAAUCUGAAGACUUUGCUGAGGUUUCAAAUGUUUGUCUGGGGCUUUUGCCUAUUCUAUGCAAUUGCAUUACAGCUACUGAGCAUUGUUCCCUCUCCUUGGCUACCAUAGACUUAGUAUUGAGAUGUUUUUUGACACCUAACACUUGGUUCCCCAUCAUACAGAAACAUCUCCAAUUACCUCAUGUUAUUCUGAAAGUUCAUGAUAAAAGUUCUUUCUCAUUUGUUCCAAUUACUUUGAAGUUCCUUUUGACCCUGGCACGUGUGAGAGGAGGUGCUGAAAUGCUCCUGAGUGCUGGUUUCUUCUCGUCUCUUAGAGCUUUGUUUGCACACUCAUCAGAUGUUGGGCCUCCCACAGUUAUGACGAACGAUAGUGGCUUCCUUAAGUCUUCUGACAAAACAGAAAAGCCUCAAUCUAUUUGGGGCCUUGGCUUGGCAGUAAUUGUAGCUUUGGUUCACUCUUUAGGAGACACUUCUUCAUAUAAUGAUAUUCUGGACAGUGUGAUACCUUAUGUUUUUUCAGAGAAAGCUGAUCUGAUUUCUUAUUGUCUCAGUGCACCUGACUUUCCAUCUGAUAGUCAUGACAAGAAAAGACCACGGGCACAAAGGACACAGACUUCUCUGAGUGCUCUUAAAGAAACAGAACAUACUCUUAUGUUGAUGUGUGCGCUAGCUAAACAUUGGAGGUCAUGGGUUAAGGUCAUGAAAGAAAUGGAUUCGGAGCUGAGGGAGAAAAAGGAGUUAGAGUGCUGCAAGAAACCAUCAUUUCUAAACAGCAGGAAUGGAUGGUUUGCUCUUUCACCUCUCUUUGGUGCAUCAAAACCCAAGUCUUCUGCUUUCUCAGCCAACGUUACUGCUAAUGUAAUCAAGGGCCAAUCAACUGAAACUACCAAUCCAGUUUCUCCAACUUAUUUUUCAGACUUGGUUGCCCUGCAGAUCUAUAGGAUUGCUUUUCUUCUUUUGAAAUAUCUCUCUAUGGAAGCAGAGGGUGCUGCUAAAAGGUCAGAGGAAGUGGGGUUUGUUGAUCUCGCUCAGAUUCCUGAGCUGCCAAUGCCGGAGAUCUUGCAUGGCUUGCAGGAUCAAGCAGCUGCUAUUGUUUCUGAACUAUGUGGUUCAAACAAAUCAAAGCACAUGAAUCCUGAAAUCCAGUCUGUCUGUCUCUUACUACUUCAAAUAAUGGAGAUGGCUCUGUAUUUGGAGCUCUAUGUUUUACAGAUUUGUGGAAUAAGACCUGUAUUAGGGCGUGUGGAGGAUUUUUCGAAGGAAGUGAAAUUGUUAUUAAAAGCCAUUGAAGGGCAUGCGUUCUUAAAAGCAUCAGUGACAUCCUUGAGACAUAUAAUAUCUCUCGUCUAUCCCGGAUUGUUACAGACCGAAGGCUUUUUGUGA